CGCAUGCUACUUUUCCAAACCAAGGAUGAACAAAAAUACGCAUCGCAGCCAGCGGUCAUAUACGUCCAAGAAGAUUCACCGACGUCCAUCACUUGUAAGACCAUAGCAUCUUUACCAGCGACUGAACUAUCAUGGACUGUCGUUGGAGGUAGGAAAAUUGUUUUGAAUAAGAGCAAACAUGUAAACAAUUCCAGUUCUUUUGAUAACUCUCUGUUUGACACUGAAAGUACCAUCAUGAUACACCCAGACACGAAGACCCACGGAAUGUCAAUCCAAUGCAAUGCAUCGAUGGACAAAGAACUUGUUGGUACUAAAACAGUUGAAUUAAUAGUUUAUGCUUUGCCAGAUGAUGUCAGAAUAACUAUCGAACCAGCUGUAUACAACGGUAUGGAAACAAAUGUAACCUGCAAAGCUGUUAAUGGAUACCCAGCUCCAGUCAUCCAUUGGUACAUUGGGUCAAGGAAUGUCACCGGUCAUUCAUCUAUGAAGAUAUCAGUCAACAGCGCUGAUCGAUAUGAUGCUGAAAGCACUCUGACCUUCACACCAAAUCGGUUUGACCAUGGAAAAUAUAUUCUAUGUCAGGCAGUUCAACCAACAUUAAUCUUAAAUCUAUCGAUGAAUGGGAGCAUGAUCUUGAACAUUUCAUUUAUCCCACAUCCACAGUCAUGGAUCAUCGUUGACGAAAACGAGACGACAUCUUCAACUCUCUUUGUUGACUUCCAACCAAUAUUUAAAACCAGGUUAUGAUUGUUUAAUCAUAGAAUAGAAUGACUGCCAAAUAGGAUUAGAGAACUGUGACUACAUUUCUAAA